AUGCAAUUUGACUCACCAGAAGAAGCUACUGUUUCCAUGGUUCAUAUGCGAUGGCAUCGUAAGAGAAAUAAUAACUUUAUUCUGCCCGCAUCCAAUGUUGGUCCAACCAAUGUGCUGAUGCAUACUGAAGGUGCAAGACCUACUUCUGCCCUAACACAUGUUGAUAUGAGAAAUUUUUACUCUUCUAAUAGUAUGAUUGGAUCACCUCAUGCUCAGAGAAACCUUGAGAAGCCAUCUGACAGUUAUAUGACAAGGACUUUGGGGUUGUCUUCUUUGCUUUUCCAGUUACGUGCAAAAUAUAAUAUCACGCAUCUCCAAGGUUCUGAGAAUCUUAGACCUAGUGUUUCUAUGAGAGACCAUGAACAAGUACCCUCAAGCAUGCUUUCGAUUAACAUUCCGAAUAUAAGCCCUACAUAUCUCACAGAUGAUGACCUCUUGGCUGUUUGCAACUUUGCCAUCAACCAGAUGGGGUGUGUUGUUCGGUUCAGUAGAACGAAUACGCCAAUGGGUGCGCAUUGGUUUGUUGAAUGCAACAGUGUAGAUGCAGCAAAUACUUUAUUGAGGAAUCUUCGUGAUUGCCCUGGAAUUUUCUUCCAGAUAGAAUUCAGUCACUUUGAAAAGCACCAUUUCACUCCUCCCAUUAGACCGGAAAACAAUGCAUCAGAGUCUACAUUACCAAAAACAAAUCAAGAACUUCAUGGGUCAGGGAUGCAAACUGCAGAAUUCCAGUCAAAUUGGACUUCUGUUAGCCAUGCAGGAAUGUUGGAAGUAGGAAGAACUGGUGCUGCUGAACAAAGAUGGGCAUAUGGGAAACCUGAAAAUAUUCCUCUUGGACAAGUGAGCUUUGCAUCUAGACUGGCACAAACUCCAGGAACAUCUAUUGCACCGCAACAGCAACUUCAUGGAUCUACGAAUGUGCGACCUGUCUAUUUGCCUCCUAACAGUUUGUGGUAUUCACAUGGGUUGAACAAUCAUCGGCCUCCAACUUCGAAUCCAAUCCCAUCAGCUCACCUUGAUCUGCCUGCCCCACCAUUUUUACCUGCUUCCGUGACUCCACUGUCACAGAUAGAUGGGAGUUCUAUGCCGCAAUUUAAUAAUAUGUUUCCUCUCAAUGGUGUUCCUCCUCCAUUGUCAUCUUUGGCACCUCCUCCAUCUAACAUGCCUUCUCCAUUACCUUGCCAGCCCAACUUGCAGCCCCCAUUACCUCAGCUUGAUUUUCAGCCUCCUUUACCUCCAUCUCCACCUCCUCCAUCCCAUUCCCAGCCCCCUGCACUUCCUUCUCCCCCUAGUUCUCCACCUCCACCAUCUGAAUCUGCUGAUGUCGAAUGUUCUAAGUUGUUCAUGAACUAUCCCUGGCGGGGGAUCUUGAGCAAAAGUGGUGUCCAUUACUGUGUUAUAUAUGCGCAGAGGGUAGAUUCUGAUAUUUGCAACUAUUCAAAUACUAUGGCUGAGCCAUUGGGAUGGCCUGCUAAAUUAGAUAUGACAAAGCGCACUGAUUUCCGGCAUGUGAAGUCAACAUUUUCGAGAAUCCCACCUCACAAAAGAGAAAUAUGCUGGCUGCUUCCUUCCUCUCAAGGUGAUCACAAGGGUUUUCAAGAUUUCAUUGCAUACCUGAAGCAACGAGAAUGUGUAGGGGUAAUCAAAAUCCUAGCUGCAGAGUCCGUCUGGGGUAGACUACUGUUCAUUCUUCCAUACUCACCUGAUACAUGUUCCAUGCUAUCUAUUCCCCCAAAUCCUUCGCUUUGCUUAAUCGGGUUGGUAUUGCCCAAGGAAAUGAACUCUGAAGCAGUAUGA